GAGAAGUAAAGCCAAAGCCCUCUUUCCUGUUUGCCUUGCCUUAUCCGAGCAGAGCAAGGAGGAAACCGAGGCUGUGCAAUGGCGAGCGCUGUCCUCUCUUCCAUCCUAUCAAAAACCAGCCAAGUACUGGGCUUUGCUCAAAGAUCGGCAGUCUCGCCGUCUUCAUCAUCCGAUCCACGCAGCAGUGUCCUGAAAGAUCUGAAGAAGCUGGAGAAAACAUUGAAGAGGAUCCAGGCAGUGCUCCAUGACGCGGAGGAGAGGGAGAUACGAGACGAAUCCGUCAAGCUCUGGCUGAAGGAGCUUAAAGAAGUGGCUUAUGAUGCAGACGACGUGCUGGACGAGUACCAGUACGAGGUACUGCGAGCCCAAGUGGAAGGCCGAGCUUCCCGCAAGAGGAAGCAAGUGGAAGGAGACGAUGAGGAAGAGGUUUCAAUUUCGGAUGGCAUGGGGGAUAGAAUCAAGGAGAUCGGAGAGAGGUUCAAUGAGAUCUCGCAGGAUCGGGAACGCCUCCGUUUAAGAGAGGAAGAUGGAGAGCGACGGGUCCUCGAAGCUCCGUACCCAGCACCAACCAGCCACAUGGUGGACGAGUCGAGUAUUUAUGGAAGGGAACGCGACAAGCACGAGGUAAUUGAUUUGCUGUUUUCCGAGGGUGUGGAAAAUGGUGUCUCCGUCAUUCCGAUUGUCGGCAAGGGAGGACUGGGAAAAACUACCAUUGCCCAGCUGGUCUACAACGACCCCAAGGUAAAGCAAUAUUUCCAUCUAACCGGAUGGGUUUGUGUAUCCGAUGAUUUCGAUGUUCCAAGGCUAACAAAGGCCAUCCUUGAGUCUCUUACUCAAAGUUCAUGUGAUCUUACACAACUAAGCACACUUCAAGAUUCUCUCAGGGAAGCGGUGAAGCAGAGAGUGUUGCUCGUGCUAGACGAUGUCUGGAAUGAGCAACAAAGCCGUUGGGAGUCCUUAAGAAAACCUUUUGUCGGCGCAGAAAUAGUAAGAAUUAUCGUGACCUGUAGGAAUAAUUCGGUCGCCGAGAUCAUGCAGACAGUGUGUCGUUAUCAUCCUCUCUGCUUGUCUCCAGAGCAGUCUUGGGCAUUAUUCAGGCAUUUUGCAUUCGGUGGUCGGGACACUGAAGAACAACCAUGCUUGGCGGAUAUGGGUAAGCAGAUUGUCACAAAGUGUUCCGGUUUACCAUUGGCUGUGAAGUCAAUAGGAAGCCUUCUAAGAUACACGGCAGAUGAAGAUAGCUGGAUGGAUGUCAUACAAAGUGAUAUAUGGGAAAUCGACGAGAAUAAUGAGAUUUUGCCAGCUCUUAGAUUAAGCUAUAGCCGCAUGCCACCACAUCUAAAACCUUGUUUCGUUUAUUGUUCCAUGUUUCCGAAGGAUUAUGAGUUUGACAAAGAUGAAUUAGUCCGAUUGUGGAUGGCGCAAGAUUACAUCCAAACAUCCAGAGGCAGAAGAAGAAUGGAAGACAUUGGCAAUGAAUACUUCAAUGACUUGCAAAGAAGAUCAUUCUUUGAUUCCUAUCAUUCUAAGUUUUUUAAGAUGCAUGAUAUGAUACAUGAUCUGGCGAAAUCUAUUGCAAAAAAUGAGUGCUGGGCAAUUGUGGAUAAUAAGCUACCCAGUCUCCCCGAUGAAGUUCGCCAUUUAUACGUGAAAGAUGUAAAGGAAUUUAUGAAAUCAUUGCGCUUGUAUAAAUUUAGCGCCUUACGGACCUUGUUAUUACAGCAUCGGCAUAGAGAUCGAAUAGUAAUCCCAGAAAUAGUCAAGAACCUGCCACUACUAAGAUGUUUACGGAUUCUACAGUUUUUUUGGGAAAGAAAAGAUGAGAUACCAAAUUUAUUCGGAAACCUAAAGCACCUACGCCACUUACACAUCAGAUCUGAAUAUAUUGAGAAGGUCCCUGAUUCAGUAUGCCUCCUUUAUCACUUACAGAUAUUGGUACUUGAUUGCCCAUAUCUUGCAGAGUUACCAGAUGGCCUAGGCAACCUUACCAACCUACGAUACUUACAUAUCCCUAAAUCAAUAUGCCUCCACCACCUACAAAUUGGGAACAGGGUAAUUCUUUGCCUACCAGCUGGGAUCGAAAAACUAACAAAUCUUCAGAGCUUGCUUGGAUGUUAUAAAGUUCAAGAUGGGAUAGGAGUGCUGAAGGACUUGGCGAACCUCCAAACUCUCAUCAUCUCAGGGCUCAGGAAUGUGGUCAACAUAGAGGAUGCCAGGGAUGUUGGUCUUAAACAUAAGCAUGAACUUGAGCAGUUGUUUCUGCAUUGGAAUGCGGGCGACUGCAAAAAUGACGAGCAUCGUGAGGGAUUACUACAUCUAGAAGCUUUUUCAGAGAAAAAUAAGGAUGUCCCAGCGGAUGAAAAAAGGGAGGAAGCCAUGCUCGAGUAUCUCCAACCACAUGCCAACCUCAAAAAGUUGGCUAUAAAAGGGUAUGGUGGUUCCAAGUUUCCAAAAUGGGUGGGAGAUCCUUUCUCCUUUGCAUCACUUCAAGAAAUCGUUAUAAUCGAUUGUGAAAAAAUAAGCUCCCUUCCUCUUUACAUUCGUGACUCUCUUGGCAAGUUAAACAAACCCAUAUCAGAAUCCAUGCUUGAGAGGGUGUACAUUUCUGGUUGCCGGCAACUCACGUCCAUGGUAGGGCUCCAUCAUCUUGACUCGCUUAAAGAUCUGAUGAUAUACAAUUGUCCUCGACUUCGGCUCUUAUCAGAGGAAGGACUGCCAUCCAAUCUUCAAGAUCUGCAUAUUGAGGAGUGCCAGCAAUUGACAUCAUUGCCGGGGAUGCAACACCUUAGUUGUCUCAAACAAUUAACUAUAGAAAAUUGUUCUCAACUUCAGCUCUUAUCAAAGGAAGGACUCCCAUCCAAUCUUCAAGAUCUGCAUAUUGAGGAGUGCCAGCAAUUGACAUCACUGCCGGGGAUGCAAUACCUUGCUUCUCUUGAAAAAUUAACUAUAAAAAAUUGUUCUCAACUCCAGCUCUUAUCAGAGGAAGGACUGCCAUCCAAGCUUCAAUCUUUGGAUAUUGAGGAGUGCCAACAGUUGACAUCACUGCCAGAGAUGCAAAACCUUACUUCUCUUGAAGAAUUAAGUAUACAAAAUUGUCCUCAACUACAGCUCUUAUCAGAGGAAGGACUGCCAUCCAAUGUUCGAUAUUUGUAUAUCGAGGAGUGCCAGCAGUUGACAUCACUGCCGGAGAUGCAAAACCUUACUUCUUUCGAAAAAUUAACUAUAAGAAAUUGUCCUCAACUCCGGCUCUUAUUAGAGAAAGGACUGCCAUCCAAUGUUCGAUAUUUGCGUAUUAAGGAGUGCCAGCAGUUGACAUUGCUACCAGGGAUGCAAUACCUUACUUCUCUCGAAGAGUUAACUAUAAAAAAUUGUCCUCAACUCCAGCUCUUAUCAGAGGAAGGACUGCCAUCCAAGCUUCAAUCUUUAUAUAUUGAGGAGUGCCAACAGUUGACAACAUUGCCAGGGAUGCAAAACCUUACUUCUCUCGAAGAAUUAACUAUACAAAAUUGUCCUCAACUCCAGCUCUUAUCAGAGAAAAGGUUGCCAUCCAAUGUUCGAUAUUUGCAUAUGAGGAGUGCCAGCAGUUGA